AAUAAGAAGAUGUAAGUAGGUCAUACUUAUGGCAGUGGAAACUGAAGGGUUAUGAAUUUAAUGAAAAAAUAAUAAAAUGUUACGUAAUCGCAUCCACAGCAGAUUCGAUCUUUACACACACAGACACACACACAAACACAAACACACACACACACAAACACAGACACAUACAGACACACACGCACACACACAGACACACGCACACACAGACACACACACACAUGCGCAUUGUGCCGCAGACGAACACUUGUUGGCGCCAGCGGCAACUUGGAGGCAGGUUUGACUCGGGACUGAACCUCGGAGGACAGAAGCAACCAUGACUAGACGAAGUGGUCGCCUGCACAAAAGAUCUGAAAACGCUCCAGGGCAGAAAAGCAAAGUUGCAAAGCAAAGCAACAGGAAAAGGGUUCAGCCCCUGUCAAAGCUGCAUUGUGAGAAGAACCAGCUGGUACUUGAAGGCAUCACCAGGCCGUGUGUUCUCGUGGAUACUCCGAUGAAAGGAGUCAGGAUCGAUGGCGACGGAGGCUCUUUGGUCCGGCCUUCCCCUCUGCCUCAUCUUGGAUGGGGCUCCUCUGAUGACGUGUGGGUGAAGAUGGUCAGCAGGGAGCAGAGUUACAGACACAGCAAGAGCUUCAUGCAGAAGCACCCCACGCUACAACCCAGAAUGAGAUCGAUGCUCCUCGACUGGUUAAUAGAGGUGAGUGACGAGUACACGCUGCACCGGCAGACGUUCUACCUGGCGCAGGACUACUUCGACCGGUUCAUGUCGACCCAGAACGACGUAGAGAAGAGCAUGCUGCAGCUCAUCGGGAUCACCUGUCUGUUUGUAGCGUCAAAGAUGGAGGAAGCAUGUCCUCCAAAGCUCUGGCAGAUGGCGUACAUCACUGCAGGGACCUACUACAAGGAAGAGAUUCUUAAAAUGGAGUUAAUCAUUCUGAAAGCGCUGCGGUGGAACCUCUGUCCAGAAACAGCCGUGUCGUGGCUGCAGCUUUACUUCCAGAUGGCGUCGAUGAGCGUCGACUCCGACCUGCUGGAGCCGCAGUUUCCUCAGGACGCGUACAUCCAAAUGACACGGCUAUUAGAUCUUUGUAUCCUGAGCAUAAACUCCCUGGACUUUCAGUAUCGAGUGUUGGCUGCGUCGGUGCUCUGCCACUUCCUUCAGCAGGAAGCAGUUGAAAAGCUCUCAGGUCUGUCGAAGGAUGUCCUCCAGCCCUGCCUCAACUGGAUGGCUCCCUUUGUUGAAUCAGUGGGCCGGUGCGGCCGAGUGGCGACGAGGGAUUUUGCCAGUGUGAAAGACGACGGACACAACAUCCAGACGCACACAGACUACAUGACCAUGCUGAAGGACGCCUGUAAAAACGAGGCCGACAGCCAGUUCCCCACUCCUCCCAGCAGCACCGAGAAAACCGACGCACACUGAACUGACGAGAGAGAGAGACUCUGAAGUGAGUUUAAACAAAGAGGAUGCAGGUUUAAUGUCCAACAAACAAACACAAGAGUCUCGUUUCCUGCAUAUGUCUCCUAACGUAGCAAGUGAUUAUCAAAAAAAAAAACUUAACAGAAUACAGAGGAUGAUGAAAUCUGUCAGUGAACUUUAUCCAGGACGACAUGCGACAGAAUCUUGGUCAAAGCUUUUUUUUCUGGUCUUUUUGCUGUUUUGAUUCAGGAACAGGUUUUUUAAAAAAGGGGUUGUUUGCUGCAAGUUGUGUCAUUUCUAGAUGAUGAGAUUUUAAUACUGAAUGUGCAAUUGUUGAAAUUGUUGUUUUGUAGCAUAUUAAAUAUGUUCAUAGCCAAAAGGUAAAAUCUUUUAUAAAAAGAAAACUUCAGGGUCUGUUUUUAAAUGUGCGAUUCUGUUUAGAACCAGUUGAGUUCUAGAUAGUUAUUUUUGACCAUGCUUUGUAUAACUCAGGGCAUUAGAUAGUCAGAAACUCUUUUUUUUUUUUUAAAUAAUUCAUUUUAAAGUGUACAAAAUGAACUGUAUUUAUUUUCUACCACAAAAUAAAAAAUACACAUUCUA